UGGGUAUUGUACCGAGAGGGUUCAAGACAAGAAGUUAGUUCAAAGUAGCACAACGUCUAAGUGUCUUUGCGGGCACUCUUUCAUUGUCCGAGAAGCUCACUUCUUCGAACAAGCUAAAAGAAUACAUCAAGUAAAGAUAGGGCGACAUAAGAAGGAGUGGGUUCAAGGAUACUAUUCGGUCUUGCACGAACAU